AUGUUCACUCAUCUCCCAAAAGGGGCACGGCCGGAAAUUGUUGCAAAAAUAAUCGAUAAUUAUCCUCAAUUCAAAGAAUUGUACACCGACUAUCAACAAAUUAAAGACAUCUACUCUUUACAAAAAAUGAAGGAUUACUUACAACUGGCCUCAUCGAUUGAUUCUGUACAGGUUCUGAAUAAACAGGGAAAACUGACCAUCAUAAGAAGUUUACAAGUCGUCGGGGAACAUCUAAAAAAUACUUUAAUGUCUCCAAAGUUAUCCGAUUGUACGAACGAAUUCCUGCUACAGUGGUUACCUGAAAACACGGGAAAAGUCCUUAUGGGUCUGCGUAACUCACUGUCACAUGCUCAAUCACUUGCGAGAAGAACAGAAAUCGAAGAAAAUAAGAAUGAAUUUUUUAUCGGUGUCCAGCGUAAUAUUAAGAAAAUUGGCAAUAUGGUCAAUACUAUGCUUCACAAGGAGAAAAUGAAAGUCAUCAAGGCACUAUGCUUACAAAUUAAGAACAGUAAGUACUUGGAUGAAGUUGCAGAAGCGUUCUUUAAGACUGGCAAUGAGUUUGAUAUAAUCGAAAAAGAGUUCCAGACAACGGAGUUCGAUGAGCUUGAGAUUCUUGUCGAAGAACUAAAUAAGACCACUGAAAAGACCAAAGUCGAGGAAGAGGUUUUCGAGAAAAUAUCUGAAAUAAUCAAAAGGUUGAAAAAUAAAUCGAGCGACAUACAACUUGAUUACUUGAGGGAAUUUCAUAUGUUAAAAAGCCUCAUCCAAUAUUUUAAUAUCAGUGACAAAGACAGUAAUACUAUUAAUAAAAUUAAAUCAAUUGCUGAGAGAUUGUACAGCAUACCGCCUCGAACAGAAUCGUGUGACCUUCAAGAAAUCGUUAAAUUGUUGAACUCGAUUCCCUGUAGAACGGACCAUUUUAAUACUGUGUUCGGUAUAAUUUAUUCCAUUAUCGAAGACGAAACAGAAAUUAAGUGGAUUAAAGAUUUGCAAACAAAAUUAAAAGAGAAAGUCUCUGUUACUUUUGAGUCUACACAAAAGGAAAAUUGGAAUACUACAAAAGAAAUAUAUAAUGAUGUUCUUCGGCUAAAAUUAACUGAAUUAAAUAACGUCUUAACCGAUAAUAAAUUGAUGGAAAAUUCAACUGAUGACCUAUUUUUUUAUAAGACCAAAAAAAAGUUGCAAUCAGUGAUUGAAAUGCUUGUUUUAGAUAUAAUGUCGAUUCUAGGUUACGAAGGUUACCUAGAAAAGAAUUUAUUCCUUUUGGACGAUAACUCUCCUUCGUUAACUGGAAGAUCCUUGCGCAAUCAUUUGGCACACGACAAUACUAUAACCAAUACAUUGUCAUCAAAUCCCUCGUUAAAUGUUCUUUUGAAUGCUAUAGAACUUGUCUUCGAGAAUACAAUGGAAAAUAAGAAACAAAUUGGCAAAUCGACGAAAGAUGAUUAUUUGAAAGUGAGAAAUAAACGUAGUCAAAGCCUUAUCACUAUCGUCAAUCAACAAGGAAUGUUUGCAGCAUUAGAAAAGGGAUGUUUCAAGGACUUAAGAAGUUGUCUUCGAAAAGGAGCCGACCUACACGCUAGAAAUACUAAUUUAUGGACUGCAUUACAUUUUGCUGCCAAGGGACCGAAUCUCAAAAUCGUGAAAUUUCUCCUUAAGUACGAUUUAAGUACGAAUGUUAAGAACUUCGAUGGUCAGAGUCCGUUACACAUUGCCGCUGCAAAUGGGAGGACAGAUAUUGUUAAGUAUUUUGUAGAAGGGCGAGGUUUUGAUGCCAACGAGACAGAUAAAUAUGGGAAAACGCCGUUAGAUCUUGCGAAACAACACGAUCACAACGAUAUUGUCAAGGUUUUGUUAACAAAAUGA